AUGGCCGACAACUCCAACUCUACAACAAAAAGAGCAGUCCCAUCUGACGCCACCGCGGGGGUUGCUCUCUCCACGAAUUUACAGCGAGCGGAUACCCUGCCGGCGAUUAGCAAAACCAGGCGUACAAGGACAAGGCAUACAGCAGCAGAGAAGCUCCGAAUUAUCUCCUACUACCGAGAGACAAAAGAGCUUGACAUCGACACCAACGAGCUGAAGCCAAUAUCUAUCAAAACUGCAGCAGCCAGGUUCAAUAUCCAACCACGGUCACUCAGACGGUGGCUAGACAGGGAGAGUUCCUUAAAAGCCCUACCAGACAGUCGGAUGAAUGUUCUAGCCCCGCCGGCUAUUCACGAGCAGCCUGGAAAUCUUCGUCUCACACGUCGGAAAAUGGUCGAGCUCGGCAUAAUAACCAAAAGCGACUGGAUUAGAGUCCACCCUUUUCACCACCCCGUGCCAUUCGUUGGAAUAGAAUCAGGAAAGAAAGGCCGUCUACAUACACUCGAUGACGCUUACAAGUUCCUUGGCAUGGAGCAAGCACUUUCCCAUCCGGGUCACCCAACCGAGCCAGAAUCACCCAGGAUGCUCAGCGAUGUAUCCUUCAAGAUACAGGAAAGAGAGUCAUAUACGAAGCACGGGAUAAACUAUACAUACAAGACACGCUCUGUGGUUGAAAUCAGCAAGACUCUCUAUGAUCUGUCCCCGAGGAUGUGCGAUGAAAGUGUCAAUCUUUGGGCACCCUUGGCUCAGGAAGAUGUAUCCCCUACUUUGCAUCAUCGACAUACACGUGUCUACCGCCAAGAUUUGAAGAACUGUGCUGCGAUAGUAUAUCGGGAAUUGUUGAAAGCGAGUGACAAGCUUAAAUGUGCUAUACCAGUGAGAGUUGGAUUGGACUACGAUGAGCCGCAUGCGCUAUGUCGGAAGCUUUUGCCAGUAGGGUGGCCAUCCAUGACCCUCGAGACAACUCAUACAAGGCUGCUGGAAAGUCAGUCGAGAUAUGUGGACACUGACCUAUACCACACGGCGGAGUAUGAUACACAAGCAGUCGCAGACAUUGUCAGGGCCAUGAUUGAGAUUGUGUAG